CCGGUCCGGAUACUUAUAUACGGACCAAUCCCGAUCCGUAUAAUAAAUUAAUAUAUAUGGUUUUGAAAUUAAUGUAUACAGACCGAUUUCAGUCCGUAUACGUCAUUUUUUAAUAGUGUAGGGACCGAUCCCAGUCCGUAUAAUAAUAUAUGGACCAGGAUCGGUCCAUAUAUAUCAUUUAAAAAAAACAACAAAAAAUAAAGAAAACAGAUUUAUUUUAUUUAAUAAUUACGUAAUUGUCACGCCCCAGAACCCAAAUCCAGGGACGCGACAGACGCCGUGCACUCGUGAGACGGGUCCCAUAAGUGCAUAAGGCUCGGAACUUAUUCAAAUCACAAUCUAAUACCACAAAGUUUCAAGAUAAAAUUUUACAAUCUGCUCUAAUAUCAUGAAAUCUCCAAACACACUUUAGCUUGCAAGAGCAUGAUUUAUUUCUAAAUCUAUACCAAUCUCAAAAUGGCUAGCCUUCUAACUCGUCACUCCCCUCGGUUUCCCCAUCCUCGGUAUCCCUUCCUAAAAUGGUGGACAAGGAAAACUAUGAGAUAACUCAGUAAGUAAAUAUGGAUAGCCCUUGGGUAAAACUUUUAAGCUUGCCAGACAAACCAUGUAAAACAGAAUCAGAUUCAGUUCAAUAUCAAAGCCUUCAUGACAAACCGUUCAUGCAGAAUAAAACUCAGUUCAGUAGUCUCAUCUAUAAGUCAUGGCCAGCGUUUAUAAACCUCCCACUAGCGGGCACAGUAGUUGCCAAUGUUUAACCCCAUAGGCAAGGUUACAGAAGUGCCAGUGUUUAAUAACUCCCACUGGCAAGCGUCAGUAAUGGUGCCAGUGUUUACAACUCCCACUGGUAGGCGAUAGUAAUUACCAAUGUUUAACCCCAUUGGUAGGGUGAACCGGUUCUACAGAAAUACAUGUCAACAUGUGCUAGCGUUUAUAAACCUCCCACUAGCGGGCACAGUAAUCAGUAAUCAGUAAUCAUGACUAUAUCCGAGACAAAACCAUGCAGAGUUUACAGAAAAACCCGGAUUUCACAAUCAAUCCCAAUUUCAAAAAUAACCAGAAAAAUUCCAUGUGGGCAUGGAUUUAUCAGAAAACUCAAAAUUUACAAACUCUCAAUUCAUUAAAACAGUUCAGUCAAUUCCAAAUAGACAUGCUGUACUCAA